GUACAAACCUCGCAAUACAUUGGCAGGGAGCAUAGAAGUCGCAAAUGCUCCGACAAACCCCACGGCGAACUACAAGAGGAUAGCCCGUUGCCAUCACAAGGCUACAAACAUGAGCUUAACAAUGGAAGACUGCGGCCGCGUGGUCAAGUAUGUUAUAGACUCGGGCGCAUUUGACGAUGUUCGCAGGACGGUAUGGAAUGAGCUGAAGCAGAGCUCCAGCCUGCGGGCCGCCGUGCUCGCGGAGGUGGAGAAGAGUGUCACCUUGAACUCCAACAGCGACAAGCGGCCAAAGGACACAAAGCAAAUCCUGGAUGACCUCAACCGCGAGCUUAAGAGCAAGCUGAACGACAUCGCCAGCAAAACGGCGUGGGACAUCAUCGCCAGCAGCACGGACAGCCAGGUGUCCAAGGACCUGGAGCGCAAGGUGCACGAGGCGAUGAACCGGAUGGCGGAGGAGCGCGAGCUGCAGCAGCAACAACAGCAGAAGCAAAGCGAGGCUGCGCCUCUCACAUCCACGCCGGCUGCGGGACCAGCACGGCAGUCCUCAUUGGCCGCGGCGGAGGCGCUGGGACUGGGUGGCGCCACGACCUCCACCGUGACCACUGCCUUCCUGCCGCCCGCGAGGCCACUCGGGGCGGCGCCCGUGACGGCAUCGCUUGCGCCCGCCACACAGGCGCGCGACUCGCAGCAGCAGCCACAGCCACAGCAGCGACAGGCGCCCCGCUAUGGUCUAGUUGGGAACUCAUAGCCCGCACUCGUGGGCGUGCGUCGGCGAGGUGGCAAACCCUUGGGCGGGCGAGUGCUGUGCAUAGGUCGCAUUGCUCCACGGGGUUGGAACGUCGGAGCUGCAUGUCCGCGGGAGGGAGUGGGCGCGUAACGGAAGCUUCAGGUUGUGCGUUCUGAUACUUGCUAUAGACGAGUCCACGAGAGUGCAGUACGUGCACGUGCCUGAUACCGGUACCAUAAGGCCUCUAUAGAGCAGGUGGCUGGUAGGCAGGUCCGCUGCGAUGAGCCUGUGGCGGCCUUAGGGGAUUGUACUCAUACAUUAGGUUACGAGACUUUUCCCAGACCCCAACACUCAACAAUCAAGUUGCAACAGGAAGGCAUGAGCGCGCGGCUGGUCGAACGCGCGAGUAACUGUACCGACGAGUGCUUGCUGGCAGGCUGGUAGUACGGUAUGCUGGCGGCGCAUUGCAGGGCUUGUCAUCACGGAUGUCCCUGACGGGUUUCACACGGCAAUCAUCGCGCCGGCGUGCUCGGAGGACUGAAGAGUGGAGAGGAACGUCGUCACAUAACGCAUGAUGACUCUGGCUGCUGACGACGGCCAGGAAUGAACGAUAAGCGACGGUACAAUGGAGAACCAGGGCAUUGAACCCCUCAGGAUUUACUCACUUGUAAACUGUAAUCCUUAGCCCCCAGACGACGGCAAAGCAGCAGACACAUCACACGAGUCUGGCUUGUGGCAGCGUCCACGCUGGAUGGCUGCC